UCUCCUUCCAUCAGUCCCAAGUCCUCGUAAGUACCACAAGUUUCUCUGUAUCUCUCUCGCUGCCAUCCAAAGAUGCUGGAACGAACGCUGGGAUCAUCCUCCUCUGUGGCAACAAUCCUGCUCGCCUUCUAUCCUCAUCAUCAUCAUCACCACCACCACCAGCAUCAAUACACAUUUUCCCCACAGAAUGUCACUCGAUAUUCGCCUCAUCUUCUUCGUUGCAAGCCUCCUUCCUGCAGCAAGAUGUUCGUUCCUGGAUUUGGAGAGGCAUCCCCAGAAGCUAAAGCUGCUACCAACCUCCAUAAUUUCUUCACCUUUCUCGCCGUUAAAAUCGUUCUCGCACAGCUUCAGAGUUAUAAUCCGGAGGCGUAUGAGGAGUUGAUGGAAUUUACAAGUAGAAACUCUUUGAGUGAUGGGGACAAGUAUUGUGCAAAUUUGAUGAGAGAGUCUCCAAGGCUUCAGACUAUAGCUCUGCGCAUUUUGGAGGUUCGUUCUGCAUACUGUAAAAAUGAUUUUGAGUGGGAUAACUUGAAGCGUUUAGCUUUCACGAUGAUUGAUGAAUCUAACACAAGGAUCAUGAGAGAUUAUGUCCUAGAAACCAGUCAUGUAGAAAAUGAAAAAUAGUAUACUGCUAUACCCCUUCCUUACACCUCUUCAGUUCAGUAUCGUGCAUGCACCUAUCAUUCUCUCAUGCACAUAAUGCAUGUUUGCAUGUUCCAUAUAUGUAAUAUAGGUAAAGAUUGAACUGUUUCCACUGCCUCAGUGCUGUCAAAUAAAAUUGCAAUAGAUACACCAUUACAUGA